AUGGAGAAGAAAUGGGCAUGUGGAGUUAUCUAUUCACUCAUCCAGUUACAUCUCAUCUGGGGCUUCUUAGAAGGAAAAUUUGAUGAAAGAAAAAUCAUCUAUGCUUUUCCUGGCAUGGAUGUGAACUUGACAUGUGAGACUCAGAAGAGAAGCUCUUUGGUUCAGACACAAUGGUCCAAGAUCACCAAUAGCACAGAAAUAAUAGCUGUCUAUCACCCUCAGUAUGGCUAUUACUGUAAUAAUGGGACCUCCUGUAAGUCCUUAGUAUCAUUCACUGAAUUGUCACCCGGUGUUUCAAAAUGGACUUUGCACUUGAGAAAUGUGUCUGCCGCAUUGAAUGGGAAAUACGAAUGUAGCUUUACUUUGUAUCCAGAGGGCACCAAAGUCCAGAACUUCCUCGUACAGACCAAAGAUGAGAGGGGAGGCAACUAUACAGUAGAAGUAUUAUUCAACCACACGCUGGAAAUCCCAUGUUUUCAAGAUAUAUCCUCAGUAGUUUCAUCUGGGAUUACUGUUACCUGGCUGAUGGAGGAAAAUGGGAUCCAAGAAACUCUUACCAUCCCAAACAACACCUUUUUGAAGAACAGAAUCACCCUACUUAAAGACCAUGGACUUUAUCUGUCACCAGUUGAAAUAUUUGAUGAUGACAGAAAGUUUUCCUGCGAUGUUACAAUCCAAUCUGGCAAAAUCCUGAAGAAUGUCACCAGAAUUAAAGUUUUUGCUAAACCAGAAAUCUCUAUGAACAUGCAGAACAGGUCCAUUGAUAUCUUGGGAGAGAAAAAUUUCAGCUGUUCGGUGAGGAAUAUAUUCCCCACAGCAAACCUCUCAUGGUAUAUAGAUGGAGAGCUUCUUCAAAACAAAAAAGGCAUAGACAUUACCACUGGAAAGAGGAGAAGUGAUGAAGGCUUUUAUGAACUAAUAUCUAAGUUGAGGGUUCUGAAGCCUAACCAGCCAAUUCUACCCAGUAAUUUGACAAUUUGGUGCAUGACUCUGUUUCCUGUCCCUGGAAAUGAAGUGUGGAAUAUUUCAUCCAGAAAAAUAGAGUUUUCCUUCGGUUAUGUGAAUACUACAACAGAUCCAUCCAAUAUCACAGCAUCUACCUUCUCCACCUUUACACCUCCCCUCAGCAGCACACACACAGCAGAUUAUGUAACUACUCCGACAGAUCCAUCCAAUAUCACAGCAGCUGCUAUCCCCAUCCUUACACCUUCUCUCCGCACCACAGGCACAGCAGAAUAUCUCAGUACAACUUCACCAACCCUGGUACAGAAGAGCUUGACACUAUCGAAUCCAGACUCCACCUCCCAUGCCCAGGAGUUCAAUUCCAGUGUAACUACACAAAACUACCCAGACCAUAGCAAGAAGGAAAGAGAACCAACCCACCAGUUCAAUUCCAGUAUGACUACGCAAAGCUACCCGGACCAUAGCAAGAAGGAAACAGAACCUAAUCUGUGGGUGUCCACUUUGAUCUACAACUCAACCCCCUCAGAAGCAGACACAACAUUGAAUGAUACUGUGUCUAAUAGGCCGAAGAGUGGAAUGUCCUGGCCAGUGAUGGUGGCUGCUUUGCUUUUUGUAUGCUUCUUCCUAUUUGGCAUUGGAAUAAGAAAGUGGUGUCAGUACUGGAAGGAAAUCAUGGAGAGACCACCACCAUUCAAGCCUCCACCACCACCAAUCAAGUACACUUGCAUCCAAGAAUCAGUUGGAGGUGAUCUACCCUGUCAUGAAAUGGAAACACUCUAA